AUGGAAGUGUCAGGGAAAUUUGGUGUUUCUUCGGAACAAGAUUCAAAUCUUUACUGCCUUCCAUGCGACAGAGAUGGUUUAAAAGAACCAGCUUUUGGUUAUUGCAAGGACUGCGAGGAACAUCUUUGUGAGAGUUGUUAUAAACACCACAGGAAACCAAAACCUACUAUGAACCACGUUCUGCUUGAUAAGGAAAGAAUGCCACAGCAAUUGAAGACCGGGAAUAUAAAAAUUGAUCAAAUAACUUAUUUUUGUACAAAACAUAGUGAUAAACCACUAGAAUUCUACUGCAACACACACGAAUCUAAUGUGUGUUACGUUUGUGUGACUCUAGAACACAAGCACUGCAAUGUAGAAUAUAUUCCCGAUGUUUCAGGAAAUGUGUCUGGUAAGCUUGAAAAUUUGAUUGACAGAAUAGAGACACUUAUUCAAACGUGUAAAUCUAAUGUCAGAAUUGCCGAGACUGCUACAGCAAAUAUAGAACAAAUGUACACGACCGUUGUUGAAGAUAUAAAAACUUUUAGAAAUGAAAUCAACGAAUGUCUGGAUAAGAUGGAAGCCGAAAUUAUGAGGGACGCUAAAUCUCGUACACUGACAGCAAAGUGUAAACAAGAAAAUGUUAAAACAGGUAGCUUACAUAUCGCAGAGGAAAUGUCAAGUACAAUGUCAAUGCUCAAGUUUCUGGGCGACGAAAACAAGCAGAAUAAGCUGUUCAUUGAGAUGAAACAUGUUGCACCUCAAGUUGUCAGACUCUUGGAUGAAGAGAAACAAUUAGUUGAAGAUAAUAAAACGGAUGGCGAUUUCAUAUUUAUCCGAAACGGAAUGAUGCUUAGACAGCUAAAAAUAACAAAUCUCUAG